CCGAGUGCGCCUGCGUAUCCAGACGUGGCAACGGCAUCAUGGCCUCUUGGACCCUCUUCGGGAGACGGAUGAAGGAGGCGAGAAUGUUCACGCUGGUGCUGCUGGUGUGGCUGCUGGCCGUGCUUGAGGCGGUGAAGGUGUCUCCUCUCAUAGAGAAGGUCAGCGACCACAAAGACUUCAAGAAGCUCCUCAGGACGAGAACCAACGUUCUGGUGCUCUACACAAAGACGGCUACAUCAGGAGACUCCCAGCUGAAACUGCUGUCAGAUGUUGCCCAGACUGUAAAAGGCCAAGGGACCAUUGCCUGGGUCAACUGUGGAGAUACAGAGGGUCGUAAGCUCUGUAAGAAAGUGAAGGUGGACCCAAGCUCCAAACGUGCCGGAGCGGACCUGCUACAUUACAAAGACGGGACGUUUCACAUUGAGUACAACAGGCCUGCUACCUUCAAGUCCAUGGUUUCGUUCCUGAAGGACCCAUCAGGGCCCCCACUGUGGGAGGAGAACCCUGAGGCAAAAGAUAUCGUCCACAUAGAGACGGAGAAAGACUUCAGGAAGCUGCUGAAGAAGGAGGAGAGGCCGAUCCUCAUGAUGUUCUACGCUCCCUGGUGUGGCGUAUGUAAGAGAAUGCAGCCCAUCUUCCAGCAAGCAGCCACAGAAACAAAAGGAAAAUAUAUACUGGCGGGGAUGAAUGUGCACCCGGCUGAGUUUGAUGGCCUCAAGCAAGAGUACAACGUCAAAGGCUACCCGACCUUCUGCUACUUUGAGAAGGGGAAAUUCCUUCACCUCUAUGAAAACUACGGAGCUACAGCCAAGGAUAUCGCUGACUGGAUGAAGAACCCUCAGCCCCCGCAGCCAAAGACCCCUGAGGUGCCAUGGUCGGAGACGGACUCCGCAGUCUUCCACCUGACCGAUGAGACCUUUGACAUCUUCCUGGAGGAACAUCCCGCCGCCCUGAUCAUGUUCUAUGCCCCUUGGUGUGGCCACUGCAAGAAGAUGAAGCCAGAAUAUGAUGAAGCUGCUGAAAUACUCAACAAGGGAGCAGAUAGCCCGGGUGCGUUAGCAGCCGUAGACACCACUGUGAGCAAGGCUGUGGGGGAUCGCUUCAAGAUCUCCGGUUUCCCAACUGUUAAGUACUUCCAGAAAGGUGAGGAGAAAUACACGCUGCCGCAUCUCCGAAGCAAAGACAAGAUCAUCGAGUUCAUGCACAAUCCCCAAGCUCCACCUCCACCUGAGCAGUCUUGGGAGGAUAAGCCCUCCAGCGUUAGUCAUCUCGGAUCAGAGGAUUUCCGGGAGGCGCUGAAGAAGAAGAAACAUGCUCUGGUCAUGUUCUACGCCCCCUGGUGUCCACAUUGUAAAAGCGCUGUCCCCCACUUCACCACAGCGGCGGAGCUCUUCAAAGAGGACCGGAAGAUUGUAUACGCUGCUGUGGACUGUACAAAAGGACAGAGCCACGAGCUCUGUAAGCAGGAAGGCGUGGAGGGUUACCCAACAUUCAGUCACUACAACUACGGCAAGUUCGUGGACAAGUACAAUGGAGAUCGUGGGGAGGCAGGCUUCAUAGGCUUCAUGCGCAGCCUCAGAGGACGGGACCAGGUUGUCAAGAGGAAGGAGGAACUCUGAGGGAGGGGGGGGGGCUCACUGAGGGGGCGAUGCACUGCACAGUUUGUCAUUGCACUGGGACCAUUGACCCCGGCGAGGGCCCUAUCCACACUGACUCGGGAGACUUGAUGACCUCAGUGAAAGGCUAUUUUUUAUACCAACAGAGUACCUUCAGUCAGACCAACCACUUUUUUUUUGUCCAUGGAUAUUCUGAUGGGCAGAUAAUACACGGACAUAAUUAAAAGUGAUUUCAUGUAUUUGCCCAAAACACUGUGACUGCAUAUGUGAAAAGCUACACCCUAUACAGAAUCUAUGCAAUAGGGACCCCUGCUUAGCCCUUUGUGGGGGGUCUGAAACUGAAUGACACCCUUGGUGGUUGGCACCAUUACUUAAAGAUGGAGGCGUCUCUCCACAGGGGUCCAAAUCCAGUUCCAUCGUCCCUGCUCUGUUGAUAAUCAGCAUGUGUCUAUUCUAUAGAAAAACACCUGUUCCAAUAUUUUUCUACAGUUUCUUCAUGUAUCAAGCCCAAGAUCAUCCAGGGUAUCGCUUUUUCAUCAGUUAGAAGAUAACUGCGUUCAACACUAACAUCUAAAAGAAGUGCUGCAGAUGGUCAGGGACUGUAGCAAUGUGGGGAGGGGGGGGGGGGGUCAAUAUUCGGAACAGUUCCCAACUUUCAUGAUUAGUUUGACUUCAAGGUCAUUUUUUAUCUGCUCUAAACUGUGGCCUUAUGGAUCUAAAAAGAUAAAAAUUAUAGCUGGGAUUGCAUAAAUAUGAAAAAUGAUAAGUGGAAGGGAACCAGAUGCCUGGUGCCCUCGUUAUUCAAGAACAUGAAAUGCCAAAUAUUACUGCACAUUACCCUCCAUAGUUUCAUGCUUUAUACAUUUUCAUUUCGAGUUUACAACAUUCAGCACUAGAGUGACAUUUAACAUCUUGCAGCUCUUGUGUUGUUAAUUCAAAAUGGGUUUUCAUCAAGGUUUUAAGAAAGGCAGAACCAAAGUUAUGAUAAAAUGUCCAAAACUUUUUCAUCCCCCUGUCUGUUUAAGUAAACACCCAGUAUCUUACAAUCCUCAAUGCAUUCACACAUCGUUCAGGGAGAAGCUGGAAUACUUUAAGCCUCUGGUUUACAUUUUGGGCAUUCAGGGUUUUGUUUAAGUUUAAUGUUUCCAUACAUCGGUUAACUGAACGAUACAGAGGAGCCAAGAGUCAAAAAUGAUCACUGUGGCCAUUUGUUUUAUCUCGAUCUGCACCUGCCUGCCACACCUUGGCCUCGCUCGUCUUCAGUAAGCUUGGAAAGCGCUCUCCCAUUCCUCCCCUCCCAUUUCAAUGGAUGUCUUCACAGUACAUCCAAGGAGUAAUUAGGUAUUAAUCAACUGAAGUCUCCAGACCCCUCCAGCUUCUCCCAGCAUCAUCGAUUCAGAGUCAUCAUUAUUACCUCUGAAGUAAUUUUUUUAAUGCUCUGUGUUUUCAACUCCCAUGCUUUGGCCACUAUAAAUAUUUAAAGGCUUAUCUGUAGCUGGACUUGUGUUUCAUUAUUCAAGACUUUGGUUUCUUUCAUUUUGAAUAUGGUUCUCAGGGAUCGCGAAACACAAGUGAAGGGAACUAGUUUGUUCGUAAUUAUGCAUUCCAGCAGAACAAUUGGGAGCCCUUAGGUCACCAAAUGAAAUAUCGUUUGUAUCCCAAGAAGAAGAUAAAAUCCUGAAAUAUCCUUUUCUGUGCUGUAUCAGAAUAUCAUGUUUUGAAUAAGACUUGUCCGUAGACGUUACUGAACCAUUCCUCGUCGGACACAUCUCGUUGUGAUUAUUAAUGGACUCAUUCCAAGUGAAACUGUCUCAAAUGUUCUGGCUGGCACCAAACACAUGUUUGUGUUUAGUGUUCAAUGUGACUUUAAUCACUUUGUGGUGUAUCGAGAGCUUUUCGGAAGAGUUCUUUACACAGAUCUUUACACAGAGAAACUAUUUCCUAUGAUAACGUUGUCCAUCAUUUGUUUUCUUUAGAAAUCUUCACUGUGAAAUCACUUGUUUGUUGAAUAAUAGAACAACCACCUCUGUCUUAUCCCAAAGGAAUCUGUGUUGUGUGGGAAUCUGUCACACUUGCCAAGAAGUCAUUGAUGCCUUUUGUUGACUUUUCUGUGCCCAGCAAUAUGUACAGUUUUGCCCCUUGCAGUAAGGACCUUGCGAAAUAAAAUCAAAAAAGAACA